CGUCACACGAUGGACGCCGCGAUUCGUGCACAAUCCGCCCGCGAUUUGUUUACGGUGGCUCGUUGUGUCGCGUCUUUUUGAGUCGAGACCGAAACGCUCGUGUAAGAUUCGAAACGUGCGUGUCGUGCCGUAGAAAAUAUCGCAACGUCGGGCGUGUCUCGAGAGUGCUUUCGGUGUGAAGUGUGUCAGUGAAAGGACGAAGGGUGUCACGUAAGUGUGCGCCGAGCCCUCGGGAGGACUCGUCAAAAAAUCGCAAAAGGACUAGAGAAAGGAAAGCCAGAGAUAAGGGAAGAGUGUAUAAACGGCAACGAAAGAUUCCAUAUUUUGUGCUGUCCACUGCUUCUCGACGAACUCCUCUAGAUAACCGCAAAACGCGCGCAAAAAAAGAAAAUAAAAAAAAUGAGCCAGUUAUAUAGCAGAGUCCAUCGACAGACUGUUUAGCAUGUUUAGCGAGCGAAACGAGAAACAUGGUCCAUCUUACGGUGUAAACGGCACGAGUAUAUGUCGAUUUUAACCUGACCUCUGCUCACGCAGAAGAGAAGUGCGUUAAGAGGUUAAAUAACAACGACCCGUGGCGCGGCCCGAAAAAAAAGCUUCUCCAUGUUUUCAGAGACUUCGUAUGUGUCACUAUCACCAGAUAAUCUAUCAAGGACUGAUCUCGUAAAGCCUCGUAAAGUUCGUUAUCCUGGCCAAACCGCUGGCUCCCGCCAGGUUCCGCCUGGUUCAAGCCGUCGCGCGUCAAUGUGUCCCUGUUGAUUUGUGUUAGUUGUAAGAGAAAAAGAGAGAGAGAGAGAGAGAGAAGGAGCUGAAAGCCGGCGCCAGGGCGCGCGUCACUUAGAGGCUUUAAUUGAGAGUUCUCAGGACAGUUCUCAUGGACUUUUCACUCGACUCGGAAUCCCUGAACUUUCCUUGCUGUAUACUAUAUUAUCCUUUGCUACUACACUGUUGUCGUAAAAUGCAGACGCCUAAUCCGCACAGGACGAGGAACGACGACGACGACGACGAGGAGGAGCCAGGCGGCUGACUAUGGGCAGCAACACGGACGGGGAUAACGCGAACGUCAGCGGCGGCGAGAACGACAUCGGUGAUGAAUUGAAGAUAGGCGCGGACGAGACGUACGACACUCGCAGUGAGGUCUCCUCCAGCAGCUCCAACUCUGACUCCUCUCAUCCCACCAUCAGCACGGUCUCGAGCACGUCCUCGCGUGGCGACAACAAGCGCAGCCGGAGGAACAGAUGCAAGCGUGCGAGGUCCAGGGACACAAAGUCAUCCAGCCCGGAGCUGAAGCGUGCCAGGUCCAAAGAAAGCAAAGGCACCGCCAAGAGUUACGACUACACGACCAAGUUGAAUUACUUGUUCAGAGAUGCAAGAUUUUUCAUCAUCAAGUCCAACAACGCGGAGAACGUAACACUGUCGAAGGCCAAGGGUGUGUGGAGUACGCUGCCUCAGAACGAAGCAAACUUAAAUCAGGCCUACAAGGAGUCACGAAACGUCCUGCUGAUAUUCUCUGUGAAAGAAUCAGGAAAGUUCGCUGGUUUCGCGAGACUUAGUACUGAAUCGAGGAGGGACGGUGCUCCGAUCUCUUGGGUUUUGCCCCCCGGUUUAUCGGCGAGGGCCCUAGGUGGUGUAUUUAAGGUCGACUGGAUCUGCAGGAAGGAAUUACCGUUCACGGCCACGUUACACCUGUACAAUCCUUGGAAUGACGGCAAGCAGGUCAAGAUCGGUCGAGAUGGCCAGGAAAUCGAGCCCAGAGUCGCCGAGGAAUUGUGCCGAUUAUUUCCCGAGGACGAAGGAAUCGAAAUGACGCCUAUUCUACGGAAAUCUAAGGAAGCUGGCAAAAACGUGACGAAAUCGUCGCGUCAUCGUGAUAACAAACCCAUAAACAACUCGAGAUUCUCACGGAGAAGCGGCAGGGGACGCCGAUUAUUCUUAACGUCGAGGUCUCGUUUAGCCUCGUUAGCCAGAAGUUCCCAUGGGAUGGCAGAUCACAGAAGUUCCAGGGACCAUUCACACCGGUACACACCGUGGUUCAAUCGAGGAGAUUCCCCUUACACGAAAGGUUACGGAACUGGGCUGGGUGUCGCUGCAGUUGCAGAAGCUUACGUGGCAGAUUACAUGCGCACCAUGCAACACCAGCUACCCCCGUUGCCUCCUUAUGGUGCUCCACAUCCAUAUGAUGCCCUGCCGCCACCUCCUCCACCUCCGAGAUAUUACGAUGGCUUGCCAUUACCUCCGGAUUACAGCGCGACUGCAUCAGCAUUGGAUAAGCGCUACGAGAGGAGCGUCGACGAAUUUCUAUGGAGAACAGCCAGCCGCCACAGUCGACACAGUGAUCACCGUUCAUCGCGGGAUCAUCAUCAUAGAUACAGAGAUCGCAGAUAAAGAUUUAAUCUAUGGUGUUCUUUCAUUGACUCGCCGAUUCCCAGAUCGCGCUUUGUUAUCAAUGCUGAAUCAACGAUAAAUUAGUUUGUUACUCGUCGCGUUGCUGGAGGUAAAUUUUGGGGAAUAACGACAUUGCACUUAAGCAUCAAUUGUUAAAAUAGGAAAACCAGGUCAAGUAAAGUAAAAAUUAAAAUAAUAACUAUAAGAUAUAUUUAUUUAAUUUAUAUUUUAUCUAAUAUAAAUCAACAAAGUUAAAAUUGUAAAUCAAAUGAAAAAUGUAAUUAUAGUAAAAUAUGAAGAUGUAAGGAAAUUUUUGUUUAAAUAUAAUUACACAUUGAUAUUCUCAUACUUAAGUAAUCAUACGCGAUAUUUCAUAUAUUUGUGAGAAUUGAAAAAUAAUUAAUUUAAGUAUGAUAAUAAAAAGUUAUUUUAGUUAAAUUGAAAAUUCAAUUGAUUUAAGUGAGAAUAUUUAGUUAAAAAAUUACUUCAUGGAAUAAAAAUGUACAAAUUUGUAUCAACAAACAUUUAUUUCGAUUAAACCAAUUUAAAAUUUAUUCAAAUUGUAAGUUAUAUUCUGCAAGUUAAAUUUGGAGAAUUUCUAUUGAAUUGGAAUAAAAAGAUGAAAGAUGUGAGGAUGAAAGAGUUCUUAGAGGUAGAUAGAUCUUUUCAUCCAUGUGAAACUGGGAAUCGACGAAUUCAAUUAUGUAUCUAUUAUGAAGACAAUUAUACUCAUUAUCCAAUAGCGUUUAGUAGUCAUUUAAUGAUUGAACCGCGAUUUCAAGCGCAUUUUCUGUUGUAAAAUAACGUAAACUACAUUAAGUAAGUUUUGUACCACUGAGUAUUGAAAUUCGCAAUUAUCUGUGAAUUUCCGACAUUCUACAGGAUCAAAUGAAAUGCAAUAAUAUCGA